AUGGCUUCCACUGUUGAGCUGGCAUCCUCGUUCAUCGAGGGUGCCCCGCCCGGAGAGCUCGCGGAUGUUGUUGCCGAUGUGCAAGCUCUGACCUCCGAGGGCGAGAAUAUCAUUCCUUCCCUUAUUCCCGCAUUCGAGAGAUACAAUGAAGCGCAGCUUACGACAGUCAAGUUACCCGGAUCGAGCCAGGAGGUUAUUGUCAGCGAAUUUAACAAGGUCGAGGGCAACCGCUACUUCGAUACAGAAAGCCAGACCUCUUUUGAGAUCGACCAUACCACACAGACUGCCUCUGCGGCUCAAUCUUCUCCGUUGGAGUCUCAGAAUGCAGACUUGAUUAAAUCGCUGCUCAAGUCGUUCGGUGCCCAUGCCCGUGAACACUACCCCGACUGCUCCUAUGGUGUUUACCCUAUUGAGGAUGACUCCGCCAUCGCCAUUCUCCUGGUCGCAAACCGAUACUCUCCCAACAACUUCUGGAAUGGUCGUUUCCGUGCCAUCUACCAAGUCCCUGUCUCCUCCUCUACCACCUUGACCGGCAAGAUCCACGUUGACGUGCACUACUACGAAGAUGGCAACGUCGCGCUCAACACUACUAAGCCUGUCAGCAUUUCUAUUCCAUCCGUUUCUGCCGAGUCCAUUGUGUCGCGUAUUGCCACGGCAGAGCGCGACUAUCAGGAGGCUUUGAAUCGGGCCUUUGUCCAGACAGCCGAGGGUGUAUUCAAGGGCCUGCGGAGACAGCUCCCUAUUACACGGCAGAAGGUUGAGUGGGAGAAGGUCGGUGGAUAUCGUCUGGGUCAGGACAUUUCAGGCGGCAAAGGACGGUAG